AUGUCUCAAGCUGACUCGUCGCUCGUCUACGGAGGAAUGGUUGCGUUGAUUGUCGGGCUGUCGCUCUGGGGAUGGCAGCGCUCGAAGGACAGCACUACAAUCUUCUAUCCUCCGAGCCCGCCGGCCCAUCCUUUGCUUGGGAACUUGAAGGACAUGCCGUCGGAUGGGUCAGAAUGGCUGCAUUAUGAGCAACUGGGCAAGCACAUCGGAAGCGAUAUCAUAUACAUGACGGCGCUAGGCUCUCAUGUUCUGGUCAUCAACUCCUUUGAAGCUGCUCGGGAUCUUCUAGACAAGAAAGGAUCCACGUACUCUAGUCGUCCACGUAUGGUAAUGCUUAAGGAGAUGAUGGGUUGGGACUGGAACCUCGUGUUGAUGCCCUACGGGAAGUCUUUCGCGGCACAUCGUCGAGUUGUUCAGCAAGAAUUCUUGCCUUCGAUAGUGAUGGAGCGUUGCCGACCCGUAAUGACCGAGGAGGUACAAAACUUGCUGGUCCGGCUUUGGCGCACGCCAGACGAUCUCGUGAAGCACCUGAAGACAAUGGCUGGCGCCAUUAUCAUGAUGGUAACCUACGGCCAUCACGUCAGUUCAAUGGACGACGAGUUCGUGAAGCUUGCCGAAGCUGUGCGCGCCCAUAGUGAGCACAAACCGGGGACCAGAAUCGUUGGCAUAUUUCCCUUUUUGAAGUAUAUCCCUACGUGGUUUCCCGGUGCGGGCUUCAAGCGAUUGGCUAUAUGGAAGAAGCAAUUCUCCAUCAAUAUGCGCACCGCACCGUACGAGGCGGUCGUGAGCCGUAUAGCGGCCGGAACCGCGGUGCCCUGUCUGGUCAGCCGUUUGAUGCAUGAUGAUCUACCCUACGAAGGCAUCAACAAGAUCGAAUUCGUCAAGAACUGUGGAGGUGUCGUAUACAGUGCUGGGGCUGAUACUACUGUGGCGGCAUUAGCCAACUUCUUCUUGGCCAUGACGCUAUAUCCCGACGUUCAAGCGCGUGCUCAGCAAGAGCUUGAUGACGUGGUCACAAGAUAUCGCUUACCUACAUUUGAGGAUCGCGAUCGACUACCGUACAUCGAAAACAUCGUAAAAGAGACUCUUCGUUGGAAGGCCGUCUCUCCGAGCGAUGAAUAUCGGGGGGCAUACAUUCCUGAGAACACGACUGUCGUUCCGAACCUACAUGCAAUGCUCCAUGACGAAACACAUUACAAGAAUCCAGAUGAGUUCAACCCGGACCGUUACAUCCCAACGAAGGCCAACCCCGAGGGAGAGCCCAAUCCUAAUCGUGCAGCAUUUGGAUUUGGACGGCGGAUCUGUCCGGGACGAUUUUUUGCUGAUGACUCUCUGUUCCUCACGAUCUCGUCCGUACUGCAUGUCUUUUCGAUCAGAAAGCCUUUGAAAUCCGCCAGCAUCGACAGCAUUCGAUGGAGCCCGGGGCUCGUGAGCCUUCCUUCGGCCUUUCCUUCUGCGAUCGAGCCUCGGUUCUCCGGGGCUGGCGAGCUUCUGGCCCUGACCGAGCGAACCUGA